AUACAGAAUCUGCGACCUCGGAAUCAAGGUCACCGAAAAAACUCGGGAUUUCUUUUUUGACAAAUGUCAAGGGAAGUACCGUGUCGAUUCACAGAGAAAUGCCAAAUACCCAACCGUUUUGGCUCGUUUUUAACCCAAUCAAAGAUUUGCCCGGUUUCCCAGAACCCCUGAAAGGAACGAUUACCCAAGUUCG